AUGAGAAAGAUGCCUGACCAGAGUGUUUGCUAUAGGCCUGUAAACAUACAGGGAAGUAAGAUCAGUUACCAAGGUGCUCGUCAAGAAAGCCCUGAGAAGGAGACGAAAAGAUUGCAGAAGCGAUUUCUCCACAAGGAUGGCAGCUGCAACGUGUACUUCAAACACAUCUUUGGGGAAUGGGAAAGCUACGUAGUGGACAUAUUUACCACACUGGUGGACAUCAAGUGGCGCCAUAUGUUUGUGAUAGUCUCAUUGUCCUAUGUUCUUUCAUGGUUGUUCUUUGGACUAGUCUUCUGGCUGAUAGCAAUGCAACACGGAGAUUUACUCAACGAUGAAGAAAUAACCUCCUGUGUUGACAAUGUCCACAGCUUCACGGGAGCGUUCCUGUUCUCCCUUGAAACCCAAACAACCAUCGGUUAUGGUUACCGCUGUGUUACAGAAGAGUGCUCUGUUGCAAUCCUCAUGGUCAUCCUACAGAAAGUAUUAAGCUGCAUCAUCGACACCUUCAUAAUCGGAGCAGCCUUGGCUAAAAUGGCCACAGCUCGAAAAAGAGCUCAAACUAUCCGUUUCAGCUACUACGCUGUGGUAGGCUUAAGGGAUGAUAAAUUUUGCCUCAUGUGGCGCAUCGGUGAUUUCCGGCCAAACCACAUGGUUGAGGGCUCUGUACGAGCUCAGCUUCUGCGCUACAAGGAGGACAAGGAAGGCAGGAUGACGAUGGAAUACAAGGACUUGAAGUUGCUCAAUGACCAGAUCAUACUUAUUACGCCAGUGACAGUCGUGCAUGAAAUCGAUAGCGAGAGCCCCUUGUAUGGCCUAGACCGGAAAGCUCUGGCCAAGGACAACUUUGAAAUCUUGGUCACAUUUGUCUACACGGGUGAUUCUACAGGAAAUUCACAUCAGUCAAGAAGCUCAUAUGUCCCCAGAGAGAUUCUUUGGGGCCAUAGGUUUAACGAUGUCUUACAUGUAAAGAAAAAAUACUAUAAGGUGGAUUGCUUACAGUUUGAAGAAACCACAGAAGUUUAUGCUCCUCACUGCAGCGCCAUGCAACUGGAUCGGAAGGAGCAAGAAUGGAACAGAAUGGAAAAGACACGGGAAAAAGAAACAGAGACAUCAGCACUGGAGAUCAAGCCAUUUAGUGCUAACCAAGAGUCAUUUAGCGCAGUUGCUCUUAUCACCAGUUGUGAAGAUCCAGAAGACCCAGUGACAGCUGUCAGUCGGCCUUCUGGAGAAGUUUCUUAUCAGAAAGCAGCUGUGACCUUAAGCAGACUAUCAAUAGAGUCCCAAAUAUAG